UGACGUCACUUCCAUGCGGAAAUAAGUCUCGCCUUAACCAAAUGACUUGACUCAAAACGAAACAACGUGAUUGUCAGCGUUCAUAUUGUUGUAUCAAUAUUAUAAGCCCAAAAUAUUAUUUCUGAGUUGGUGAAAAUGGUUUCCACUGAUUUCAAAGGUUUGAUCCAAAGGUUUUACCAGCUGCAGGCAGAGCGUCUGGAGACCUACCGACUCUUUGAGGAAGGACACGAGGCCUACCUGAGGACGGGGCCCCACUAUGACUUUGAGCAUUACAAGCAGCUGGUGCACCAGAUCACGCUGGCCUUCAACGGCAUCUCCAAGGAGGUCCUGGACAUCAAGGACAAGUUCCAACUCCACUUGAACCGGACCGACCUCUCGGAUCACAUCGAUACGUUGCAGUGCAAAGAGAAGCACAAGCUCCAACUGACAGCUCAGCUGCAGCUGGCCCGGCAGCAGGCUCAGGACCACCCGGAAGACCAGGACGCUUGUCAGGAGAAAAUCCAGCAGCUGAAACACGAGAUCAUCAAGACCCAAGAGGCGCUCAGCGAGAUCAUGCAGGACUUCAAGUAUGACUCGGAGGAGAGCGAUUGACCGUCGGUCCGAUCCCCUUCAGUCAGAUCUGUAAAUAUUUUCAGGGGGAUAUCAUUGUAAUUUACAUGUUGAUAUUAUGCUAUAGGAUCUAAAAAAUUCAACAAUUUAUACUUGCGAGUAUUGUUUCAUUAUCUGUUUACAUUUGUUGCCCCAUGUUUAAAUAUGUGUUGCUUCAGAGUGAUGACUCCACACCGAUGCUAGUUUUUUUUUUUUUGCAUUUUCAACUUUGUUAGCAUGAAGCUAAAUGGACGUUAACUAAGGCACAGCUGUGUUUGUUGUAAAUAUACAUAUUUUUGUAAUAUAUUUUGUUAGACAGUAAACUUCAACUUGGGGGUGGAGUUAAACA